UCGUAGCCGCGCUGCGCGCUCGGCCCCGCCGCCGCACUACCAUGUUUGACGGCUGCCUCCUGCCCCUCGUCGUGCCCUGCCUGCUGCUCUGCGGACUGGACGCCGGCACAGCUGGCGGAGCGGAGCUGGAAGUGGUGAUCCCGGAGCGAGUGCCGCUGGAGAAGAUCCACCUGCUGCCGCCCGGAGGGGAUCGCGGCGGCCCCCGGCGCCGGCGGGCAGCGGCGGCGGAGGAGGAGGAGGCCGUGCUGCUCCGCCUGCCCGCCGCCGGAGCCGAGCUGUACCUGCACCUCCGCCGCGACCUGCGCUUCCUGGCCCGGGGCUUCGCGGUGGAGCGGCGGCGCGGGGAGGCGCGGCGGCCCCCCCGGGAGCAGCUCUGCUUCUACUCGGGACACGCUCUGAACCGCAGCGACUCCUUCGCCUCCCUCAGCACCUGCGCCGGGCUGGUUGGCUACAUCCAGCUUGGAUCAGAGCAGCUGCUGAUCCAGCCUGUGAAUGCAUCUGAGACCUCGUUCAGUGGGAAGGAACAUUUCAUCAGGCGGAGGAGAUCCACCACAGCCGGCCACCCCACCAAGCCCCACGGCCCUGAGGAGCACUGCAAGGUUGUGCCAGAAAAGAAGAGACAAAAGAAAGUGAAGUCCACGAGCGACUGGCGGGAGCGGAGGAACGCGAUUCGCCUCACCAGCGAGUACACGGUGGAGACCCUGGUGGUGGCAGAUGCUGACAUGGUGCAGUACCACGGAGCAGAGGCUGCCCAGAGGUUCAUCCUCACAGUUAUGAAUAUGGUGUACAACAUGUUCCAGCAUCAAAGCCUGGGAAUUAAAGUCAACAUUCGAGUGACCAAGCUAGUCCUGCUUCACAGUCGCCCUGCAAAGUUGUCCAUUGGGCAUCACGGAGAGAGAUCUCUGGAGAGCUUCUGUCAGUGGCAAAAUGAAGAAUAUGGUGGGGCAAAAUACCUUGGUAACAACCAGGUUCCUGGUGCCAGGGAUGACACCCCUCCUGUGGAUGCUGCUGUUUUUGUGACCAGGACAGAUUUCUGCGUGCACAAAGACGAGCCUUGUGACACUGUGGGAAUUGCUUACUUAGGAGGUGUCUGCAGUGCCAAGAGAAAGUGUGUUCUUGCUGAAGACAACGGUCUCAAUCUGGCAUUCACAAUUGCACAUGAGCUUGGGCACAACAUGGGAAUGAGCCACGAUGAUGAUCAUCAGCCCUGUGCUGGGAGGUCUCACAUUAUGUCUGGAGAAUGGGUGAAGGGCAGGAACCCAAGUGACCUUUCCUGGUCUUCGUGCAGCCGAGACGACCUCGAAAACUUCCUAAAGUCCAAGGUGAGCACCUGCCUUCUGGUGACCGACCCCCGCAGCCAAUAUUCCGUGCGGCUCCCUCACAAGCUGCCGGGGAUGCACUACAGCGCCGACGAGCAGUGCCAGAUCCUUUUUGGCACCAACGCCACCUUCUGUAAGAACAUGGAGCAUUUGAUGUGUGCUGGGCUCUGGUGCCUGGUGGAAGGAGACACCUCCUGUAAAACAAAGCUGGACCCCCCUCUGGAUGGCACCGAAUGUGGCGCAGACAAGUGGUGCCGAGCUGGGGAGUGUGUCAGUAAAACCCCCAUCCCUGAGCACGUGGACGGGGACUGGAGCGUGUGGAGCCCGUGGAGCAUGUGCAGCCGGACGUGCGGAACAGGGGUGCGCUUCAGGCAGCGGAAAUGUGACAACCCCCCCCCGGGGCCAGGUGGGAAGAAUUGCCGGGGGGCCAGCGUGGAGCACACGGUGUGUGAGAACCUGCCCUGCCCCAAAGGGGUGCCCAGCUUCAGGGACCAGCAGUGCCAGGCCCACGACAGGUACAGCAACAAGAAGAAAAGCCUCCUAACAGCUGUCAUUGUGGAUGAUAAGCCAUGCGAGCUCUUCUGCUCCCCACUGGGCAAGGAUUCUCCUGUGCUGGUGGCAGACAGAGUCCUGGAUGGAACUCCCUGUGGGCCUUAUGAGACAGACCUCUGUGUUCAUGGCAAGUGCCAGAAAAUUGGCUGUGAUGGGAUCAUUGGCUCGGCUGCCAAGGAGGAUCGCUGUGGGAUCUGCAGUGGUGAUGGGAAAACCUGCAAAGUGGUGAAAGGAGACUUCAACCACACCAAGGGCAUGGGUUACAUCGAAGCCGCUGUGAUCCCUGCGGGUGCCCGGAGGAUCAGAGUGGUUGAGGACAAACCUGCUCACAGCUUUCUGGCUUUAAAAGAUUCCAGUAAGAGAUCCAUUAACAGCGACUGGAAAAUUGAGCUUCCUGGUGAGUUCCAGAUCGCAGGCACCACUGUCCGGUACGUGCGAAGGGGGCUGUGGGAGAAAAUCUCUGCCAAAGGACCAACUAAAAUACCACUGCACUUGAUGGUGCUGUUAUUCCAUGACCAGAAUUAUGGAAUUCAUUAUGAAUACACCAUCCCUGUAAACUAUACUGCUGAAAACAGAAGUGAGCCAGAAAAGCAACAGGAUUCCUUGUACAUCUGGACACACAGUGGAUGGGAAGGCUGCAGUGUGCAGUGUGGAGGAGGUGAGAGGAAAACCAUCGUGUCCUGCACUCGGCUCGUUAACAAGACAAUGACACUGGUGAAUGACAGUGACUGCCAGCGAGUGACCCGCCCCGAGCCCCAGGUCAGGAAAUGUAACACUCACCCCUGCCAGUCACGGUGGGUGACUGGCCACUGGAGUCCCUGCUCUGCCACUUGUGAGAAGGGUGUGCAGCACCGGGAGGUCACCUGUGUUUAUCAGCUGCAGAACGGCACCUACGUCAACACCAGGGACCUCUACUGCCUGGGCAGCAAACCAGCCACGGUGCAGAGCUGUGAGGGACGGGACUGCCUGUCCAUCUGGGAGGCAUCCGAGUGGUCAAAGUGCUCAGCAGACUGUGGCAGGGGAAUUCAGAAGAGAACAGUGACGUGCACAAACUCCCAAGGCAAAUGUGAUGCAGCCACCAGGCCAAGAGAUGAGGAAGAGUGUGAGGAUCACACAGGCUGUUAUGAGUGGAAAACAGGAGACUGGUCCAAGUGCUCCUCGACGUGCGGCAAGGGGCUGCAGUCGCGCGUGGUGCAGUGCAUGCACAAAGUGACCGGGCGCCACGGCAGCGAGUGCCCGGCCCUGGCCAAGCCUGCAGCCUACAGGCAGUGCCACCAGGAGGUCUGCAACGACAAGAUCAACGUCAACACCAUCACCUCACCCAGGCUUGCUGCCCUCACCUACAAGUGCACGGGGGACCAGUGGACAGUGUACUGCAGGGUGAUCCGUGAGAAGAACCUGUGCCAGGACAUGCGGUGGUACCAGCGCUGCUGCCAGACCUGCAGAGACUUUUAUGCAAACAAGAUGCAGCAGAAGAGUUAAUGAAGCUGUGCCACUCCUUAGAGUCUUCCAGCUGUUUGUAUGUAAAUCACAGACUAGUAGGUCUGAGUACUGGAACUUCAUGAGUUGCUACAGCGUGGUGGAUCCCAAAGCACACCUAAUGAGACUUGAAACUAAUCCUACAGACUGGAUACCAAAGUCAUCUGCUCAUCCACCUUAAAAAAACACACAGAAAGGGUCAUCUCAAGGAGCCAAUCAUUUCUGAAUAUUUUGACAUCCUCACAUUUUUCAUUAAUGCCUUUUUAAUAUAUUAGAUCACCAGCCACUGGAUGGCUUGCUACCAUUAAGGAAAAGGACAAGAGUUGCAAAGUGAUUACAUUGGAUAAGGUUAUGGGGACCUCCAUGGAGGAAGGCCUCUGGCAAAAUAAUUCAGCAAAGGUAGAGACAUGACUUAAUCUUUUAAUCUUGGCUUUUAUCUGUUGUUUUCAAUUCCCAGCAGUUAUUCCACUGCAGAGUGGGCUUGGAGGGACAUGCAUAAAUGAAAGGCUUAGUUUAAGGAGAGGAUUUUCUGUAAAAGCUUGUGAAAACUGAUAGCAGAGGAUGGACAUCUCUGAAUUUCCUACAGAAAACUCAGUAUAAUUAUAUCCAACAUUCCAAGUCAUAUUUUUAGAGCCACUAAUAAGGAGUGCUUUUCCUUCUAAUUUUAAAAAACAAUCCUCUGUCUUUUCCCCAGAAUAAUAGAGUUUCUUUUAUGAAACCUAAUUUUUCUCUGAGCUUAAUGAAAUGGAAGCUUAUUAACAGCUGUAGAUAGUUACUUUUAAACAAUCUAAACCAUUUACAUGAGAUGGGAGAAGCCAGAAAUCAUUUCAUCCAGUAGAGCUCAGUGAGGGAUUGCUUGGCCUAAGCUCUCUCCAAUUUUUAGAAGUCAAUCAGAUAAUGAGACUGUUGGUUCUUAGAAGAGGACUGUGAAACCAGAUAGGGUUGGAACAGAAACCGAAUUUGGAACAAUCUUUAUGAAAAGGAUGUAGUGGGGAGCAGAACAGGUGUUUCCUAUCUCUGGGCUCUUUUACACAGCUGAGGUUAUGUAGCUUUUGGAAUAACCAGAACUAGACAGGGAUGCAAGAUAUUUUAAGUGUAACCUGGAGCUUGUGGGAAGCCAGAGGGCUCAGACUUCCAUUGCUUUCCAGGAUUGGGAAUUUCCUCUCUUGUCUUUGAAUGCUCCCUGUGUCACUUCUGUGGUGCUGUCAGGUUUGGUGCUGUCAGAGCACUUCCAGGUGCUGCACACACAAUACUCUGCCAUGUCUCUGCACUUUAAACCAGACUCCUCUCUGUGAUGUGAGACUUGAAACAGGAGCUCUGCCCAGGGCAGGGCUUGUCCCCUCCUUUGUCACACACAUCAGUGACUCCCUAUCACAUCUUGCACCAUUUCCCUGCCAGGGCCCAAGGCCAUGGUUGAGUUUCAGCCCCCUCCUCGAGACAGGAACAGAGCCCUUUGGAUAAUUGCAGCUUUGUACUCGCCCUAGAGCUGUGUGACUCUGGGACUCCUUGGAGCUGAGCACAGAACCAAGCCCAGCCACUCCCCCAGCCCUGGGCCAGGCUGGCUUGCAGCUCACACCUGGCCCCAGGUUGUCUUUGUUGCUGUUGUCUCUUUUUGUCAAUGCAAGGAAGGAUAAAGAUUCUUAGUACCUAACAUGUCUUCAAAGCAAUUUUUGCUUAGUACAAUUCUUUCCAUAUCCAGGACCUCACUGGAAUAACCUAUUAGCAUUUUAUUAAGGGCUAAAUUUUUCAAGCACAGGGAGAUAAUGUUCAUCAACAAACCCUGUGUGGGCUUCACAUUUACAUCUGUGCUUGUUAGUGCAAACGAGUGCAUGUGCACAGGGCUGGCCUGAUGCACAAGGGCACAUUUGCACACCUUUUUUCCUCAAUUGCCUGUCUCAAACAGAUCUGCUUUCCAAUGCCUCAGAUGAUUUUCUCUAUCAGGGAAAUGAUUCCAGCUUGGUUUUUGUUGUACUGGAUUUUUUUUUUUGGCAAUUUAUAAUCAGGAUUAAACCUCCUUUUUUUGUUAUUCCCACCCUGUUGUCCAGCCCAGAGGUUGUGUAAGUUCUUAGCAAUCAAAGGAAAAUUGCUGGCAAGGGUGACAGGAAGAUUUAGACAAUACCAGAUGAUACUCAAUUUGGCAAAAUAACAGGUAGCAGAACUGCUAAUGAGAAAGUUCCAAAAGAUCAAACAGACUUGGUUUAUGUUCCUAAUUCACAGUGGUGUUUCCCCCUUAGCCUGCAGUGACACUGGGACUGUCCUUGCUGCCUCCCUGUCCCCACAGCCACCCCUGAGUCCCCUGACCUCUCACUCGGUUUGGAAUUUGCUGUUUUUCUUCUCAUGGGCAACAUUUUCUCUGCUACUUUGACAGAACUGUGUGAAUUAUCAUUGCUGGGAAUCAAAGGUGCUUCUCCACAGCAGGGAACAUUUUCCUUCUGGUGCUGAUCUAUGACCCUCUCUAGACAAAAGGUAGGACAUAGGAGAGGAAGGAUUUUAGAUUUUGUGUUUUUCAGUAAUAAUUCACUACUGGCUACUGUCCAGAACAGGGUGCUAGGCUGGUUAGACCUGUGGCCUGACCCAGUCUGCUGGGUUCUGGACCCAAAGGACACUUGGGUCCAAGUUCUGGGUCCUGCCUAAGGAAACAGGAGCUUACAAGGGUCUUUUUUCAACCUUAUGAGCACUGAGAAAAAACCACCUCACUCACUCUCACAGCUCACAGAUUAGCAUGCAUCAACCUUUUAUGUUUUAUAAUCAAACCCCCCAACAUUGAUUAAGAACUGAUGGCACAACACAGCUCCAUUUUCUUCAAUUCUCUUACUUCACAUGGUGACAAUCAUCCCAUCACAUAACAGCCAGAAAAAUAAUAACAAAAAAAAAAUCUGUUCAAUAUUCCUGCACUUCUGUUUUUUAUCACUUUAUAGGAGCUUUACAAUGAAGUCACAGCUAUGCUCUGCCCUCAGUUCCACAUUCUGGUGAAAAGAAAAGCUGUUUGUUUCAGUGUAUCUAUGACAAUACUUUUCUUAGUUGUUCAUAAGAGAUUGAUGCUCUUUUGAUUACAGUGGUGGUAUUUCCAUAUUGUAAACAAUACUCUGUACUGUUACUAAAGUACUGUACAUUUCUAGUUGCACAAUUGUGUUAUUGAGUGUAGAUUCUCACUAUCUCAUGUAUGGUGCUAUUUUUUGUUGGUGGAAAAGAAUCUUAGCAGUCGAUUAUUGCUUGAUAUUUUAUUAUAAUACAGGGAUAUAUUCUCCAUGGCAAUAAUAUCAUUUAAGUUUUCUCAUUACAGAGUGAAAUGUAUAUAUUUUUCCAUUAGCUAAUUUGCAUAUGUACUGUAUCCAUGGUAAUUUUCUUCUUGGUGCUGGUUAUAAAUAGAAAAAGAUAAAAAACAGUCCAAGUGAAUGGAACCAGUUGUAAAUGAAAGCCAAAAAAAAAAAAAAAGAGGAUCAUUCCAUUUUGAACAAAUUGAAUAUGUUGAAUAAUAAAUUUAUUUUUUCCAUAACAACUUUAAUAAGGUUUCUGAACUUGAAACAAUAAUUCAAAGCAAACCCAACAGCAUGUAAAUGAAGAGAAAGGAGUGAAGCUGUAAGUGGUACAUUGUGCAUCUGUGUAAUACUGGACUGAGACUGGGAUUUGGUUAAAUCCAAGCCAACUGUUUAAUUGCUGUGGUUGGUGUAAAAGGGCAUUUGGCAGUAAAAUUCUGGCACCUCAGAGUUCUCAGUGUGCUAACAAAACAAGAAAUGAUGGGUCUUGUCCUGGUCAGGCUGCAAAACAAAGCACAGGGAUGUUAAGACCUGAACAUGCCUUGCCAGGUGUGUGGUCAGUGACACAACAGGAGGAAAUUCCUGUGUGGGAGGGGAAUGCCAGGCUCUGUUUGGGAUAUCUGUGUGUGCCUGGGCAGGCUCUGGGGAGGGGGGAGCUUCUGCUUGGGGAGAGGGAUGUUCUGAGAGUGCCUUUGGGGAAGGUUGUUCUUGCUGUGCCUGUGGAGCUCCACAGGCACCCCCUGACAAUGAACAGUGCUGAGCAUGUGGAAGUUUAUAUUGGAGCAAAACCAUCCCAUCCACUGGGAAGGUAUCUGCAUAACCUAGCUGCACUCUCCCCUGGUGUGAAAUAAAUGGAAUUACUUCAGUGCCA